AUGAAAACACAAUUUAAGGCCGCUCAAGAAACUCCUUAUGAGUCAAAUAAAAAGGUUAAAAUAAAACUGUUGAAAAGGAAGUCACCUUUGGUGCCGCCUAUAAAUGGUAUGCCCAUAGCAAAGAAACCUAAAGAGCAAAUUAUUAUGGAAGAAAAGACCAAUAAACCUGACAAUAUGGAAUCCAAUUUGUCAAAAAAUGAUACUACAAAAAGAGCAACGGCAUUGUACUGCAACACAUAUAUAGACAGAGUAAAGAUACUUCUUAUAAUUGAUUUUGGUUCUGCAGGAUGUAUUAUAUCCUUGAAGUUACUAAAGGAUUUGGAUAUGGAAAAACAUAAGCAUCGAAAACUAUUAUAG